UUAGUUUGUUGAUUGAAUUCAUAGCGGUUAGUGUGUUUUUGCCGGAAAACGGAAUCUUAGACACGAUAUUGGCUCAAUAUUUUCGGAAGUAUUAACAGUGAUACGAACUAUAUACCUGUAAUAGAAAACAUAUCCCAGGAGAAAUAUGCCAUACGAUAAAUAUUUAAACGAAUUCUGUGAUAUUAUCGAUACCUAUGGCGGUCGCGAUAAGGUAAUGAAAGCCCUCUGUUACGGAUCCAAAUUAAUAGCUGGCUAUUAUGGUGAUCGUAAACCAGAAUUGGCUAAACGUUAUGCAAUUGCUAGUUCACGCAUAUCCGGAGCAAGAGCAACACUACGUUUAAUAGAUGACAUUCCCAUGAUACAGUAUGCCUUGGAAUAUGGGUUCGGACAAGGAGAAUCAGAUAGCAUUAUGGCUGUCCUAGGAGUUGCAGCCAAUUUCGUUGAUCUACUCUAUUAUCCUGUUGAGAAAAUUUGUUGGUUAUCAGAACACAAAAUCGUUGAUAUUAAAAAUCCCGAUUAUUGGGAUAAUGUCAAUACGAUAUUUUGGGUUGUGGGUGUCUAUUUGAAUUUAAUGAGAAAUAUACGCAGUUUUGGUUUAAAUCAACAAAAAAUAAACAAUAUUAGGGAGACAAAAGAUAAUCCGGACGUGGAAAAAAUGUUAAAGAAACAUCGCAUUGAAAUUCUAACAUUGAUCCGCUUAUCCCUAGAUUUUGUCCAUGCUGGAAGUUAUUUGCCAAAAGGCUACCUUUGGGGUGGUAAAUUGUCGACAUUCCAAAUUGGAGCCAUUGGAACAGCAUCAGCGGCGAUAGGAAUUUAUCAAAUUUUUGCCAAACGGAGACUCAAUAAAUAGACAGAAAAUACAGAUAAUUUGUAAAUCAUUUUUAACAUGGCAUUGCUAUUAUUUAUUUUGUUUUGAGACUGCAUUGUGUGUGUGGAUGUUUUGUGUUUUAUUUUCUGUGUUUUACAGUGCAAUUUAUUGUCCAGAUAUUUGAAUACUUGGUAUUGUUUAGUUCCUAAGUUUAAAUUUUUGUGUUGAAAAAAGACAAUGUAUAGAAGAGAUUUGUAUGUGUAUUGUAAAUGUUGUAAAAUAAAGUUUAGAUAUUUUUUAUAGAA